AUGGAGGCAGGACUCUCCUACCAUCUAGUGCGACUGGUGCGCGCAUACUGUGGAAGGAGAGGCCGUGAAGAGGCUCUUGCAGCUUGCAGUCAACACAAAGUGAAACCUCGCCCAGAUCCUGUCAUAGCAGCCUUCGGUUCAGAAACAAGCACAGACAGCGACUUGAAAGACCUUGGAGAGCACCGCAUCAGCAUCAUUGAAAGUGGAGUUGCUGAUGGACGGAUGUUUCUGGUCAUCCUGGAUGCUGAAUCUUUCAUCGAUGGCCGAACGAUCACUGAUAGUGUUGAAUCAAAGCUUUCACAGGUUGUACUGACAACCGCCAAACUCGAAAGAUCUCAUUGGCGUCAUGAUAAAUGGUUGGGUGCGAAUCUUGGUGGAUGGUUUCUGUUGGAGCCAGGACCAGCCUCGCCGUUGUUCGAAGACUGUCAAGAAAUGUUGAAAUCACGAGGAGAAGAAAAGGCUUCGUGUGGUUGUGAAUGGUCCCUGUGUAGUUGUCUGGACAAGGUGGAGAAGGGUGUCAAAUCUGAAGUGCUUCGAAAGCACAGGAAAAAUCAUUUCGACGCAUCCACGUUCAAGAAGAUAGCAGACCAUGGGCUGAAUGCUGUCAGGAUUCCCUUUGGCUACUGGAUCGUUACGGGGCCUACGAAUGCAGAUGUCUACGAUGGCCCGGCGUUAGAUCAGCUUGACGAAGCCGUGAAAAUGGCAAGAACGUGCAACCUUCAGGUUGUGCUUGAUCUUCAUGGCAACCCUGGGGGAGAGAAUGGACUUCGACCUUGUGGGCGAGAGAAACAAGAUUGGACAUGGAAAGAGUGGAGGCAAGAAGAGGCUCUGGAGUGUUUGCGACAAGUCGUUGUGAGAUACAGGGGCUUUGAUAACGUUACUGGAAUUCAAGUCUGCAAUGAGCCUUCGCCUGCUAUUCCUUCUAACGUCUUGUGCGACUUCUAUGAGGAGUCAAUUAGGGUUGUCCGUGAGGCUGGAAUGUCUCCACAUGAUGUUUGCAUCAUUCUCCCCAUCUUUACUCAGUGGCGCAUACGAGAAAUUUCGAGGCUGUGGCUGGAACGUGGAAAUAUUCACAGAUACGACAACGUUGCAUGGGAUAUUCAUUUUUAUCACGAUUUUCAUUCUGCCUGGUCGCUGCUAAGCCACGAACAAGAUGAAGCAAGGGAGCUGACGCAUCUUCAUGCUGCGAUGGUCGGAGAAUGGUCAGCCUCGCGCCCAGGACCGUACCCGGAGGAGGAAGUCAAGGACUUUGUGAUGCAGCAGGGCAGUCUCGCCAUGCUCGUCUCCUGGAUUGGCCGAUCUGUCGGAAACCCUUUAGUUGCAUUGUACGACGGAGGGUUUGCUGCAUCCUUCCUGUCAUGGCGAUCGGCCUUCUCCUGA